UAUACUCAUCAAGGUAGUCGUGGCACAUACCAUGAGGCACUGGCAAGCUCUCUCCUGUCUCGCCCUCCUCCUCUUCAUCCUCGUCUCGUCCAGCGCUUCCACUUUAGAUGACACAUGCAAGUCCGUCGCCGCAAGAAACAAGGACAUCUCCUACAACUACUGCAUCUUGUUCUUCCAGGCCAACAACACCAGCACCACCGCAGAUAAGCGCGGCCUCGUCGUCAUCGCCACAAAGAUCACCCGAGCAGAGGCCGCAAACACCCACAACCGCAUCGAUGCCCUAAUGGACUCAGGGACGGACAAGAAGGUCAACGUGUGCCUCUCCGAGUGUCGCGUGCGCUACACGAUUGCACUGAACUGGCUCGAAGCCGCGGCGAAGGGCAUCGAGUCAGGUAACUUGCAGGACGCGGAGGUGACCCUCAGAGGAGUGAUAUUGGGCAUCGACACCUGCGAGGAAGGGUUCCGCAAGCUAGGCAUCAAGUCGCUUCUGGCUGCCGAGGAUGCCUCGUUCACUGCGGGCUGCUCCAUCGCUCUCACUAUAACGAGCAUGCUGUAACUAGCUAGCCGUCGAGGAUGCGCGAAUCUGGCUAACAGUUCUAGCUAUACACUAGUCUUGGAUCAUCUGGAUCGAUCAAUAAACUCUUUGAACCUGCAAUUUCAGAUCA